AUGACUUGCGAUGAGCAUGAAUUCCUGGAAAUAAUGUCGGUGGUUGGGAUGGCCUCGAAGCCACUCCAUGUUCGACGAUUUCAACGAACGCUCACUGAAUUCAGCAAAGAUCCGGACGCGUUCAAUCUCGCCGCCAUCCAACAGAUUGGCCUACCACCAGCGGCCGGCUAUAGCUACGUUCCUCCAACAUCUUCAGCAACUACUCCAGCUGCUGCUCUCCAGUUUCUUUUGUCAUCGCCAAAUUUGGCAGCUGCUGCUAGUUUGGCUGUUGCUGCCGGGCUUCCUUGUACCAGCCCAUCGCUUACGGUAAUUUAA